AUGGCGUACCGCACUGUCGACGCCCAAAGUGAGGAGAAGCGAGAAGAAGCAAACGGCCAUGAUGGCGCCCAGGAUCGAGCCGCGGUCGAAAACAACAGGAUAAACGGUGAAUGCCAGUCCUGGACCAGCCUUGAAAACGCAAUCCAAUGUAACACCAGCCCUAUGCGCGACCACACCCAUGUAGGAGAAAGUGACGAAUCCAGCGAACACGCUCGUAAGACAAGAUACUAUCGGAAGUAA